AUGAACAGAGGUAGAGGCGGCUUCAGAGGCGGCUUCAGAGGCGGCCGUGGCGGUUUCGCACAAGUUCCACAAGGUCCUCCAGAGUCUGUGUUGGAGAUGGGAAGCUUCAUGCAUUCUUGUGAGGGUGAUAUUGUGUGUCGUUCCAUUAACGUCAAGAUUCCAUACUUCAAUGCUCCUAUCUACUUGGAGAACAAGAAGCAGGUUGGUAAAGUCGAUGAGAUUUUGGGCCCAUUGAACGAAGUUUUCUUCACCAUCAAGCCAUCCGAGGGUGUGCAAGCCACCUCUUUCAAGGAUGGUGAUAAGUUCUACAUUUCUCCAGAUAAAUUGCUUCCCUUGGAGAGAUUCUUGCCUAAGCCAAAAGAUUUUGCUCCUAAGCCUAAGAGAAAGUCUGGUGGUGCUGGUGGUGCCGGUGCUAGAGGCGGCAGAGGCGGAUUUGGCGGCAGAGGCGGAUUCGGUGGUGCCAGAGGUGGAAGAGGUGGUUUCGGUGCCAGAGGUGGUGCUCGUGGAGGUUUUGGUGGCCGUGGUGGUGCUCGUGGAGGCUUUGGCGCUAGAGGUGGCUCUCGUGGAGGUUUCGGAGGUGGUCGUGGAGGACGCGGCCGUUUCUAG